AUGCGAGCUUUGCUACAGUUAGUCUCCUCCAUAACCCAAUCAAGGAAGUGUCCCCCUUUUUGUAAGCAUCCGAAUGGUUUAUUGUCUUUGAAGCCCUAUUUUUCGAGCUCCACAAGCAAUGACGGCGACGAUCCUAAUGAGCUAACGAAAGUGCACUUCGACGGCGAGGUUGUUGGCCAGCAAGUGGUCCCAGGACAGGCUCCGACUACUCCCGGGCCGGAAUAUGGUGUUGGCGGACGUGGCGGCAAUGGGCAUAUGGGUCCUACCCGGUGGACUGAUGAGGAAACAAUGAAGAUUAGGGAGUUAGAGGCUCUAAAUAGGAAAGGGAAAGCUUUUCUGGACAGUUGGGAUGAUAGGAUGAGGAAAAUGAGUGUGUUGAUGAAACAAAUAAGGGAACCAGGGGCGCGUGGAUCAUACUUGAAGGAUUCGGAGAAAGCAGAGAUGUAUAGGAAACAUAAGGAGAACCCCGAGGUGAACACUGUGGAGAAAUUAGCGGAGGAAUACAGGAUUAUGCGGUAG